AUGUCACGAAUCAUAUUCAAGAGCAAGUCUCAAUCCAUUGGCAUGGUCUACAUAUUGAUAGUAUUGAUGCACCUUCUCCGCAUGCUGUUGCUAGUCUUUUGUCUGACAUAUGAUCCAGAUCGAAUGGAUGGCGUUGUUGGGGUUACACAGUGUGGUAUUCCACCCGGAACGUCCUAUACUUAUAACUUCACUAUCCCAGAUCAUCAACAUGGGACCUUUUGGUACCAUGGUCACUCUGGGCUCGCAAGAGCCGAUGGGCUGUACGGAGGCUUGGUUGUCCACGAAUCAGCAUCCAAGUUCGUAGAGCGUGGAUUGCUCGCGAAUCCUUCUUCAUACAGCAAUGAUUUCUUACUUUUGAUUGGCGACUGGUAUCAUCGGCCUGCAGUUGAAGUCAUGUCAUGGUACAUGCGUGCAGGGUCUUUUGGCAAUGAUCCGGCUCCUGACUCGUUAUUAAUUAAUGGAGAUGGCCAUUACAAUUGCUCUAAGGCAGUCCCUGCCCGACCAGUUGAUUGUGUUGAGAAAUCUUCCGAUUUGACAUAUCUACACGCAAAUGCCAAUGUUGUGCAACGCCUACGUGUGGUAAAUACAGGAUCGCUAGUUGGAUUUACCGUGACCUCGCCUACACAGUCUCUUUCUGUCAUUGCGGUGGACAGCAUGAAAGUUGCAGAUAGAGAAGAGGCCAAUUCGGUUGGAAUCUUGUACCCGGGUCAGCGCAUGGAUCUCCUAAUGCGCGUUCCAAGUGACACAGAGAUGUCCGCUUUGAACAUUGAGAUGGAUUCAGAAUGCAUGAAAUUCCCCAAUCCGGCACUCACGCCCAAUCAGACUUUUCUCAUUAACGCCGGGGACGCCUCAGAGGCACAACUAACGACCAAAAAUGAAAAGCCAAACUCUCAUCUAGACAUACAAAAUAUCCCUUCCCCUGUCGACAUCUUAUCCUUGCUCCCGAGUCAUGCAAAUACUACCGAGAUUGUAUAUGUCAAAACACAGAAAUUCGCCAUCAACCAUAACGUGCCGUAUGGUUACUUCAACCACACCUCAUGGGCACCUCAACAAAACCCUCCCGUUCCAUUGAAUGGGCUUCCACGGGAGCAAUGGGAUAAAAAGCAGCUUGCAUUGGUCGUAGGCAACGAUGAACAAGAAAGAGAAUCUAUAUGGGUCGACUUGGUCGUGAACAAUCUGGAUGACACAGGCCACCCUUUCCAUUUACAUGGCCACCAUUUUUACAUUCUUACUGUGUAUAAGGGUCCAAUCGGCUGGGGCUCCUACAAUCCCUUCUCCGACUCGUCUCCUCCCGGCUCUGACCCAGAUGCUUACCCCGACACCGACGGAAUGGACUUCUCGCUAGCGAUGUUGCGAGAUAACAUCUAUAUUCCUAGCCGUGCGUAUGCGGUUUUGAGAUUUCGGGCUGAUAAUCCGGGAGCAUGGCUAUUUCACUGCCACGUCUUGUGGCAUUUGUCCAGUGGAAUGGCCAUGUUGGUAGACGUGGGGAAGUAUUCAAGCUCUCAGAAUGUUUCAUGUCUGGUUUAA